UCUGUUACAUUAGCUGGUGGACAUUGAUGAUAUUGACUACCAAGUAGAGACAACCAGGCUGUCUACAAGAUGGUUUGGAUUUGAACACCCUUAUGAAGAAAUACAGUUUCAUGUUUGUAUUGUAAAACUGUCUAUGCCAGAUGAAAGAGUGAUAUGUGAGGUUGCGGACAAUGUGAAAACACACACAUUUAAUGGAUUGUCUCUAGAAAUAUAUCAGACAUAUAGCGUGAUAGUCACUGCUGUAACCAGCGGAGGAAAUGUCUCAGCAUUGUCAAAUGGUGUUACAAUAGUAGUUGAUGAUGAUACAUUGGAUGGAGUUUCAAUACAUGAUGGUCUCCCUUGUGAUGUCAACUAUGCUGAUGACUUUAGUACAGAGAUGUCACAUCAUUCUGAGGACAAAAGAGUUAAGUGUACAGAAGACUUAGAAUUUCAGUCAUCAACCAACCGUUUACAAGCUUACUGGUCUAUUCAAAGUGACAAAGCUCACAUAAUCUCAGAUGUUUACUGGGCUAUUGAAGAAAGAGCACCUGUUGCUGAAUUUUGGAUAUUGUAUAAGGAGUUUCAACAUCUGAGAACAAAAGUCUACUCUUUUGAAGACAGUGUUUUAACACUGACUCCUGCAAGAAGAUACAGGGUUGUACUGAAGUUUUGUGCUGGUCCAUUUUGCUUUAAACCUGUGAAAAGUUCAGGUGUAACAAUAAUACCUUACCCUCCAGUACCAGAUUUUAUCAAGGUGCAAUAUGUAACACUUCAAAAACAGAUAAUUGUCAAUAUAGGACAUUUUAAAGAUCCUGAUAUAGAAUCAUUGGAGGAGGCUGUGGCUGUUAUGGACCAUUAUGAAUGGGCAAUUGCUGACAAUUCUGUGGAUACAAAAUUAUUGACCAAAUGGAAGAGAGCUGAAAAUAUUAACAGUUUGAUAGACAAGGUAACAUUCACAAUUGAUUUAGAAGGAGACAUAAUAUUUACAAAAUGCUGGGCAGUUUCAGUAAGGGGUUAUAAUAAAGUUGGCCAUUCGGCUAUCAUAUCUUCAAACAUCAAAAACUGCAGUAACAUUACAGAAGUUAGACCCAGCAUUGUCAUAGAUGCCAUUGGAGAAAGUACAGUUGAUGAGCAUAAUGGUAAACCAAUCUAUCUGGAAGAAAAUGCGUUAUGGCCACACACUGAUGUAGAUUAUACUCCUUACAGUAACAUUCUAUCUGCAGUCUGGCCAACAUUACGUCAAAAAGCAUACACCUGGACAAUUCUGACUGUGAGAGAUGAUGAUGUUACUAUAUUUUAUAACAAUCCAUCUGAAAUAGACUUACAAGACCCAUGUUCUCAUCCAGAUUCAAUCAAAUGUGGAGAUACAGAUUUGAAUUACAUCAAUGUUUACUUCAAGGAAACAGAAUUAAAACAUGGCUAUCGUUAUGUGGUAUGUGUCCAUGCGGAUGAAACUUCUCUUCAUCAUGAGCGCUGGACUCAAGAACUUCCAGAAGUUAAUGUUUGCAGUGAUGGUGUUACAGUUGACUUAACUCCGCCUCAGGCUGGAGAUGUAUGGAUUGGGAAUAGGAAGGAUGUACGUUAUCAGACAUCAACAUCAGAGUUAAGUAUUAACUGGGUAUCAUUUAUAGAUAUAGAGGAGAAAGGUUAUGCUGUACAUACAAGUGGAAUCACAGGAUAUGAGCUAACCAUUGGAACAACACAAGGAGGGGUAGAUGUGAUGCCCCCAACAAUUGUUGGUUUAACUAACCAUAAAAUGUUUCAUGACUUAGAAAUGAUAAAUGGUCACACAUAUUUUGCAACAGUGAGAGGGUAUGAUUUCACUGGACAGUCAUCUGUCAGUUAUUCGGAAGGUGUGACCAUCGAUACUUCACCCCCUGUUAUUUCAGACAGUCGAAUUACGGUACGAAAUCGACACAUUACAAGUACAGAAUAUGUGGAGGCCUGUUGGACAGGACUUUUCAGUGAUCUUGAAAGUGGAAUUUCUCACUAUAGCUGGUCCAUUGGUACUCAGAGUGGUUUUGAUAAUAUAAUGGCAUAUACUGAUACAGAAAAUGAAUGUUCAGGCACACCAGAAGACAACCAGCUGUCACUAAAAGAGGGACAUGCAUAUAUCAUUAAUGUUAAGGCAUAUAACAAUGCGGGGUUAUUUGCUGUCGCCUCAUCCUGGGCGUUUAUAGUUGACUCAUCUGAACCAGAAACAGGUGACGUCUUUGACGGUUCCAAGACAACAGACACAGACUAUGUUGACCUAGAUUACAUAGAUACAGCAUCUAGUGUUCAUGUAAGAUGGAAAGGUUUCCAUGAUCCACAUACUCCUAUAAAAGAGUAUUUUGUCAGUGUUGGGUCAUGCCAGGGAUGCGAGGAUGUUAAAGGAAAACAGCCAAAUGGACUUCAAGAAUAUACAGAAGUGAAAUACUUACAUCUGGCUGAAGGUAUGAAAUAUUUUAUAACUAUAACAGCAUGUAACACAGCUGAUUUGUGUUCGUCUGCUUCAUCUGAUGGCUUUAUUGUGGAUACAACACCACCAAAUAUAGGAUAUGUUAUAGACGGCACUCUAGCCCGGGAUAUACAAUACCAGGCUGCAAGAACUUACAUUGGUUGUAAAUGGUAUGGUUUCAAUGAUCCACAGUCAGGGAUAAGUAAAUAUGUAUGGAGAGCGGGAACCACAAAAGGAGCAGACGACAUUAUUACAGCAACAGACUGCCAUCAUUUACAGGAAGCUUUUGUUUAUGAUCUGCCAUACAUUCUGCCACUAAAUGUUAGGAUAUAUUGUACAGUUAGAGCAUACAAUAAUGCAGGCAAAUAUGUUGAAUCUUCCUCAAAUGGAUUUUUGGUUGAUGGAACACCACCAGUUUUUGAACAAGAAUUGGCUCUUUCUCAUAUUGGAAGUAUGAAAGACGGCACAAGUAUUCUUAGAUCAUUGGUUCAAGUAAAUUGGGCAGUAAAUGACCAGGAAUCAUACAUAGAAAGUCAGCAUUUAUCUAUAUCAUCUCAUAUAGGAGGAGAUUAUAAUAUUUCAUCAGUAAAAGUAGAGGGUAUUGUGAGAGAUUACACAUUUACAAAUCUUGAUCUUCAUGAUGGCAGUUAUUAUGAUAUCAAACUUACAUCUUGCAAUGGUGCCAAAUUAUGUACAGAUUCUAUCCUCCAAGAUGUUCUUGUGGACAGUUCGCCUCCCACAAAAGGUACAUUUGCCAUCAACACUGACCAUGCAGCAAGGUUAAACUGUCAGCCAGAUUUGUGGAUGACAUGGACGCCUAUAUCUAUCAGUCUGGCCUGGCUAGGAUUUGAAGAUGCACAUUCUGGAAUAGAGUCAUAUCUUAUCAACAUAGGGAGCCAGUAUAUGGGCAAUGAUUUGAACACGAUAGAAGGAGAACCCUAUGUGAUAAGUCAUAGCAGUAGUGCCUCUUUCCAUGAAGAUGGUUUUGUACAAACUUAUGAACUGAGUACAAAACCUCUUUCCAAAUACAGCUCUGUGUUUAUCAGUAUUUCUGCAAGGAAUUCUGUCGGUCUAUUAAGUGAAAUUCUACAUGCUGAGUUCAAUUUACUAUUUGGAGGUGUAUUAGAAAUGGUGCGUAGAUGUGAACGUCAUACAUGCUACGGACAUUGUGUCUGCGCAGCUGAAGGACAACUAUGUUUAGCAGAUGAUAAUUCUUGUGUUGACAGCAGUGGUGAUGGCAAUGCUAACACAUUGAUUGAAGUUAAAGAUGUGGUAGAUGUCACAUUUCCCAGUGAUGAUCAGAUAAUCUCAAGAUCACCAGUCAAUACAAUGCUUGCUGCUAAAUGGUCAAUAAAAACAACACAGGGAAUGACACCAAAAUGGUAUGAAUGCAGUGUUGGAGAAAGCUUAUACAGUUCACCACAAGGUGUUUUCCAUGAAACAGAGGAUAGGGUUUGGCAUGAUGCUGGACAAAAUAAUCAAUAUGUAUUCACAUUUAAAAAAGGGAAAAGUUUAGUUGAAGGAGAAAAGUACUCCGUGUUUGUUCGAGUAUGGUAUGAUCAAAAUACCUUUGCAAUAUUUCAAAGUCCUGGUGUCACAAUUUAUUCAACACCACCAGAACUGUCAGUAAUUCUUGGCAGAAAUGUGCAAGAAAUAAUUCAAGGGGAAACUAAGGAUACAGAUUUUGUGGCAUUAAAAACGCUCGUGAAAGCUGACUGGACAGGAAAAUUUAAAAACAGUGGAAACAGUAUUUCGCGGUAUCAUUUGUAUAUCAGCACAACUCCUGGAGGUCAUGAUGUUUACACGCUAUCAACAAAUAUAGCACCUGAGAUGACAAGCUAUAACAUCACUGGAUUGAAUCUGGAAGAGGAUACAAAAUAUUACACUGUUGUCCAAGCAUAUAAUAAAGCCGGACUGCAUUCUACUGCAGUUUCUGAUGGGUUUAUGUUAGAUUUGCAUCCUCCACUGACAGGAAUUGUUUUGGAUGGGAAAACUCUUGUGGAUAUUGAUGUAUCUAAUGACUCGUACACUCUGUCAACAUUUUGGUACGGAUUCUCUGACUUGCAGUCUGGAAUUGUAUCAUAUGAUUUCUGCAUUUCGUCUUCUUCCUACACCAGUAACUGUGACAUAUUGCCAAUGACAACUGCUGGUAUCUCUUUAAGCAAGAUAUAUCAUUCAGCAUCACCGUUUGAAGAAGGUUAUUUAAUGUACAGUAAUGUGAGAGCUCAUGAUGCUGUGGGUCACGUCUCUGAAGUUGUAUCAUCAAACGGACUGAAAAUAGAUACAAGUCCACCCAUAAUAAUGGGAGUUGGAGACUGCUUAAACAAUGUCUUAAUAGAUUACUCUUUUGAAGAUGCCUCCGGAUUCAUAUGUGAUGAAAUGGAUGGUGGUAGUUGGUUUAUUUCUGGUGAUAAAUGUGUACAAGUAGAAUCAUCUAGUAUGGCACAUAGUGGUAAUGCAUUUGCUAUUAUAUAUACAGCUGUCGAUCAGACGGCUACGGUUGAAUACACAGGAAGAUAUCGCUUAACAUUGUACACUUCAACUGUAGCAUCGACUGGUUUGAGAUUAUCGUCAGUUGACGGUUUCGUCAGUGUAAAUGGUGAAAAACAUUUAUUUUCUUUAUACGAAAAACAUAGUUCUGAUUCAUAUACUUGGCAGAAGCAUUCGUUUUUCUUUGAUGUAAACGACAAUAAUGUUUUGGUGUCUAUCGGAACACUUAAAGAAAAAUCAGCCUUUGCAUUAGAUGAUGUUACACUAGAGUUUUGCGGAUAUUUAUCAACUUCUUCUUCAAACAUGAAGGGAGUUGUAAACGCACAUACAGUCUUUGUUCAUGAUUGGUCCUCACUGCAUGCUGAUUGGGUAUUUAGUGAUCUGGAAUCAGAUAUAACAGAAUAUAUCUGGGCAAUAGGCACGGUUGAAGGUGGAACGCAAAUUAAAACAUUUAAAAGUGUUGGGAGGCGUUCUUAUGGCAAAGCGGAGGCUUUACACCUGGAGCACAAUACGGAGGUGUUUGUAACUGUUGUUGCAAUUAAUGAAGCAGAACUUCAAACAGUUAGUUAUUCCAAUCCAAUACAGAUUGAUCUUACACCACCAGUAUUUCGGUUUAUAACAGAUGGCCAAGUACCAGAUGAAGACAUAGACUUUCAGUCAGAUUUAACGUUGACAACACAUUGGGAUGUCUAUGACUCAGAGUCUGGUGUCAUUGGCUGCAGUUGGGGAAUAGGUAUAGCACCAGGUGACACAUCUCUGCAAAAUUUUACAGCUGUAGACAUCAGUUUGAACAGUGCAAAAAAAGUUUUCGAACAAUCACCGAAUAAAACAGUCUUUGCCACGGUCAGAUGUGAAAAUGGUGCAGGAUUAACAAAAACAAUGUCUUCUGAUGGAAUAAGAAUAUUACAGUAUCCACCGUCUGUCGACAGCGUCAUCCUUCAGUUGAUGACUACGUCGUUGACACAGUUUUUACCUCGAGGAUAUUACCAUGGAAACAGCUCCGAGAUUAAAUUUCGUUGGACAGGCUUUGCUUCACAUGACAGUGUAGAUAGUUUUGAGGUUCACCUUACGGGGAAUAAUGUAGAGAUGUCUGAAAUCGUUCCAUCAACUUCAUCCGGAUACAAUUAUGCCAGUUUUACAGGUCUGAAUUUAGAUGAUGGUGAAUACAAUGUUUCAGUUACAGCAAUAAAUGAAAUCCGUAUGCAGAGUGAACGAAUAUCAGAGGCAUUUUACUUGUUAACAGAGACACCAAAACUUACAGGUGAACCAAUGAAUACCACUUGGAUAAAAAGUAGUUCUAAGGCUAGAGCAUCAUGGGGAAACGUAUUCGAAUCACAACAUCCAAUGUUCUAUGAGGUGACGGUCAAUUAUGCUGAAAAUGGUCAAGGUGAUAUAAUCCAAUGGCAGGAAACGAUUGAAACAUUCACAGAUAUUCACAUAGAACCAGAUGAUGUUCUCAACAAAGUAUUUUCAGUAGAUAUUACUGUAAGAGCUGUAUCAUACUCAGGAUUGUAUGCUUUGCGACAUGACAGUUUACUCGUCAAUACAUUUCUGUGAAGAUAGUGGGCAUGAUUAACUACUAAAGUGAAAGGAACACUAUUCAUAACAGAUUAAACUUUUAUUAAUGCAAGAUCAUUGUUCCAUCAUUCAAGUUAAUAAUUAAUUUUCAUUAAUAUUCUAACGUGUAUGGUUAUCCUUUUUAUCUUAAGAAUGAAGGAUAAAAAUGAUCUUAUAAGUAAAUGUGCACAUAUAAAUAAGAAAAUACUUUAUUUCUUUAUAAUGAACUCAUUAGAACACAUAACAAAGCAAAAUAAAUGUUACGUUGAGCUUAUUUCAAACUAUGUGAAAGUGUCUAAUAAAGGUUUGUGUACCGCUUUCA